AUGUCAAAUUGCAAAACAGUUAGCACCCCGGUUGAAGUCGGCUCAAAACUGAGUGCUACUAAUGGUACUCCGUUUUAUGAUAGUUCUUUAUACCGAAGCUUGGCUGGUGCUUUACAGUACCUUACUAUAACACGACCCAAUAUUUCUUAUGCAGUCCAACAGGUGUGUCUCUUCAUGCACGCUCCACGUGAACCCCACUUUCAGCUUCUCAAAAGAAUCCUCCGGUAUAUCAAGGGUACAUUAUCACAAGGUUUGCUCAUCACGCCGUCCAAGUCUACCAAACUAACGGCUUAUUCAGACGCUGAUUGGAGUGGGUGCCCUGACUCUCGGCGCUCGACAUCCGGCUAUUGUGUUCACUUGGGCGACAACUUGAUUUUAUGGUCCUCAAAGCGCCAACCCACCAUAUCUCGGUCUAGUGCUGAAGCCGAAUAUCGAGGGGUCGCCAACACCGUAGCCGAACUCAGCUGGAUCCGAAACCUACUGCUGGAGCUUCAUCUCCCAGUUCGCUAA